AUGGAUCAACCUCCCGGCGCGAGAGCGUUGCAAGCGACGGCGACAGAUAGGCUCGGAUAUUUGCGGCGACGCCUUCGUAUUGGUAUUCAAAACGUCGCGAACAGAGGACGGAAUGAGGAGGAGAGAAGAGACCACGAGCGCGCUCCAAAUCUUCCCGAACGAGUCCAGGAGGAUGACGAACCUCCGCAGUGCAGAAUAUGCAUGUCCGACGUGAACGAUGAGAACAGUGAGCUUGGUAAGUUAUUUUCACCGUGCAUGUGCAAAGGGAGCGUUGGUCUCGUCCACAGGAAAUGCUUGGACCGAUGGCGAACGCUCUCUUCCAAUCCGCGAUCGUACUUCUCCUGCGAUCAGUGUAAAUACGAUUAUAACUUGGAGCGAACAGAGUACGCAAAAUGGCUAGAGCGAGAAGAGUUGCCAAACAUAUUUGCCGUGCUCGCGACUUUUCUUCUCGCGUUGACGAUUGGUGUCGCUUUGCGAACGAUAUCCUUCGCGCUGGUUCAAAUCUUAACCUUCAUUGGUAACCGCGUGCUUCCAAAAACCUCCCUCGCCAGCUGGAUACGUAUUAAAGGUCAAUACUACCUCUACGUGGAAAAUAUCUUCUACCGUUCCGUCUUGUGGUUCCCUCCGUGGCGCCCGGAACGUUUACGAUUCGUCGUGUUCCAAAACCAACAACAGUCCCCGGCACGAGGCUUAGGGAAAAUCUUCAACUGGCAAAGGAUUAUCCAAGUCUUUCCCGCCCUCCCUAACCGCUUAGACGUGCUCGUCGGUGGUAUUUUCACCUUGGGCACCACCUUCUUUUUGUACCACAACGUCACUCGAUUCCGGCGGGACUUCCGGAACCACGCGGAAAGAGUCGGACCAUCUAUCCUCUUCCUCUUCGUCGGCUCCGGCGGCCGAGGCUUGCGCAUCCCCGUCGUCGUCGGAUUGGCGUAUUCCUACAUGGUCUCCCACGAAUUCGCCCGAGUGAAGUGCAAAGAAUUGCUCCAAAAGUUUGGCGAGAUUGUCAUGGAAGUCAGCGGAGAAGAAUAG